CUUUGUUUUGUUGUGCGGCUGCUUCUAUGGGCGCGCGGUUUCGGACCUGCGUGGCGGAACGGUCCGCUUCGGCCGGCGGCGCGGCGACGGCGCGUUCUGUGGGCGGGAGUGGUUUCUCUGGUCGCUUCUUCAUGUCGUGUGGGCUGUGCGCGCGGCGCAGCCUUGCGCGGGCGCGCAGCAGCGGUUUUGAGGCUGCUUUGGUUUUGAGCCGAGAACGCGCGCGCUGGUGGAUUUUGAGUGUUGCGCGCCGAGCAGCGGAUGCAGGUGAGAGGAAUAUUGACCUCGACGCAGGCUGGCCACGGAUAAGCUGCGCUAGGACGUCGGUACGUUCAAAAUGGAUUGUCCUGCCG